AACACCUUAAAUUCAAUGGAAACUUGGCGAGGCUUUGCGUGCACAGUGUAGCAGAAGCUUCUUUUCCUCGUCAAUCCGUGUUGAAGUCAUGACAAAGAUCCCAUUUUUUACCGAUCCGAACAAGCAGAACGGCCUCGUCGCGACGACCCUUGUUAUCUCUGUCGGAGUCGGAGUCUCUGGGAGUGUUUGAUUCGCUUGCGAGGACGGGGCGGGGUGCAUGGCGACGGCGGCGGCCGCCGGCACGGUGGUGCUGGUGGACGCGGCGCUGGCCCCGUACGAGCACCCGGACCUCCGGUGGCUCGUCCGGAAGCACGUCCUCGCCGUCCUCCAGGAGUUCCCCACCCUCUCGCCCUCCGUCGAUACCUACACCAGCGACGACGGCGCCUCCACCGUGCUGCUCAACGCGCGGGGCCCCCUCCCCGUCUCCCCCGCCCUGCCGCCGGUCCUCCUCACUGUGUGGCUUCCCAGGGAGUACCCCUACCGCCCGCCGCUCGUCUACGCGUUCCCCGCCGCGCCGUCGGCGUCGCUCGUCCCCGACCACCCCUUCGUCGACCACCGCACCGGCCGCGUCCACCGCACGCUGCCGUACCUCGAGGACUGGGCCGUGCCGCGCUCCAGCCUCGCCGGCCUCGUGCGGAGCCUCGUCGCGGCCUUGAGGAUGUGCCACCCGCUGACGGCCACCUUCGGCUUCGCCGACGCGACGACCGCCAGAGCGACGCCGGUGGAGGAGGAGCGGCGGCGCAUGCACGCGGUGCUGGUCGACGAGCUCGCCUCGAGACUGGGCAGGGACGCGGCGGCCUUCCGCGGCGGCGUCGACCGGGACAUCCAUGCCCUGUCCUCGCUGCAGGCCGGCCUCCGGGCACGGGGCGACGCCAUGGGCCGCGGCGUCCGCGGCCUGGAAGAGGAGAGGAUGCGGCUGGAGCGCGCCGUGACGGCCAGCCUCGCCCACCGCGGCGAGCUGCUGACCUGGCUGCGCACGGCGAGCCGCGCGCCCGAUCCGGGAGAGGCGCUGGCACCGCACGCGGCCGCGGGCGAUGCGGCGCGGUGGCUGGAGAGCAAGGCGUCGGAGCUCGCCGCGGACGACGCCAUGGACGCCCUUGGCCACGCGCUCGAGAACGGGGAGCUCAGCUUCCAGGAGUACAUCAAGCGCGUGAAGGUCCUCGCCAGGGAGCAGUUCUUCCAUUGCUAUGCAGCGUCCACGUCGAUGAACACCUAAUUAAUAAUCGAUUGCACUAGUUAAUAUCUUCAUUUAUUCGUUUAUUUGGCACAGAGUAGUGUACAUUCAACAGGUAUAUGGUUCCACUUUGUUUCUUUUUUGGUGGUUGAUCUUGUGUUCAACAAUUGCAAUUUUCCUUGGGAAAUCUACGUAC